AUGCUUGUACAUGUAGGAUACAGGUACACUGCCAAUAUGCGCAACCCACCAAGCGGGGAUCGACCCCUACAUCAGGCUGUCUACAUACAGGGGGAGGAGCCCCUGACCGCUUCCAUGCUGGCCGCUGCCCCACCUCAAGAACAGAAGCAGAUGCUGGGAGAGCGCCUCUUCCCUCUCAUACAGAACAGCCACCCCGAUCUCGCUGGUAAGAUCACCGGUAUGCUGUUGGAGCUCGAGAACCCCGAGCUGCUGCACAUGCUCGAGUCCCGCGAGGCUCUGAAGGCCAAGGUUGAGGAGGCCGUAGCUGUACUGCAGGCUCACGAGGCAAAAGAGCGGGCGGCCCGCGCAGGCUUGGCGGAGUAACAACACCCUCGAACUCCCACAACAAGUUUGGCGAGGAACCUAGCUAACGUUUAGGAUAGAAAGUAAGCCAUCCCUUCCCGUCAAAACUGUACACCGGACCGGAUAAAAUAAUGUCUGGAAAGUUGACGCAUGGCCAUGGUCAAAACUAAAACUUUAAUCUGCAAAAAUAGCGACA